AUGGCGCGAGUCUGUUCUCAGCCGCUUUCUCUGCUACAGUCACUGGCGGAAUGGGCGCAGUAUGUGGUGCAAGGCACUGCUCGUUGCGCAGGCGGAGGAGGCAGUGAAGUAAGCAGCAGCCGGGUGAUCUGGGAUGCCCUAGUGCCGCAGUAUCACCCGACGACUGUUGCAAGCCUGGAAGAGAGGCGGGAGAACUUGUCGCUCGCUCUGAUGGGACAGCUUUCGGUCUUUUUUUGCCGUCUACUGACUGGACACUGGGGCGCUUGCGGUAUUGGCCUUAUCAUCUUCGUGGUGGGAAACAAUGCCCGGUGUUCGCUCCAAGUCUCAGAGCUGACGUGCUAUGUCGCGCUGAGCGGCUGCGCAGGCGGCCUUGAUGCUUUGGACUUUCUCCAAAGGUUGCUGCAAGGCAACUACAUCACUCUCGCCUUCCCUUUCGCGCAGAACCUUGCUUUGAACCUAGAGGUCUUCAGCGUGUGGAUGGCGCCAGUGGCAGAGAUCCUGGGUGCCCGCACUGCUUGGGGAUGCUACCUGAAUCCGUCCAUGCUCUUUGAAACGCCAUGUCCGCAGAUGAUGUCAAUGCAGAGUCAGUAUGGACAGCCCAUUUUCCAUCCGGGCCAGAUGGCCCCACAGCUUUUCCGUUCCAUGCCCUCACGUCCUCCGGAUCCAAUGCGGACGCGGAUGCCUGGAGGAGUGUGGGGCGACAUGGCUUCAAUGAUGCCAGGCUGGCCCGGUGCCAUGGAUGCCGAGAGAGUGGUGGCCUUUGGCAGCGGCAGUACCGAUGAGCAAAUGCAGCAAACACGAGUGCAGAUCCAUGGCUUGGACUCAGAGGGCUAUUCAUCCUCGUCCAGAGAUCGUCCACACGUUCCAAGUCUGCACAUUCGGGAGUUCAUUCCUCCAAGCGUCGAAACGAUUCCGACGCUGUCUGCAAUCAGUGUUCAGCGAAUGUGCCAGCAGGAGAAGGUCGGGAGCGAUUGGAUUGAGGGUUCUGCCUGGUCAAUCUAUGUUGAUUUCUAUGGGGCCAUGCGCCCAUGCUGGACGAUAUUGCUCUUGUUCGCUACCUUUACGGCUUUGGCAGGCAGCGUCAAAAACACUUGCGCUGCAAUCCUUGCGGCUCAGCAGCUGAAGAAGACCAAGGCAGAGAUUCUGAACGCCGCUGACUCCGGCCACCCCUGCCCUGGCACUCAGAAAAUCGAGCCUUACUCGAAGUUCCACCUAUGGUCGUCAGGUGACAGGAUGCUCUUCCUUGUCCCUGUUGCGCAGACGGACUUCAAACAACUGCUAAAGUCAACAAGCGCAGAAGACAUCGUCAACUACAGCCUGCACACGGCACGGAGACUGUGGUGCUGGGUCGACAGGACUUCGCGCGAGAUGGGUCGCAUCAUGAAGUAUGAGGUUGUUUGUGACUUCUCGGGCUUUUCAUUCCGGUACUACAUCCACUGUCCAUGGGAUCGACCACUGUCACAGGCCUACCCGAUCUGCUGCGGAGAUCGGCAGAAGCAGUCGCCUGCUUCAUGUCCGUAUCUGCAGAGGCACUUUGCGGAUGCGCAGGAUAUUCAGUCGUUGUCGAGUCUUCUGAGCGGAGCCUGCCCAGUGAGCGGCCAUGUCGCUGAUAUCGAGCCAAACUGGACAGAGAAGGAGUUUGUGGACUUCGAAGCCAAUGUGGCAGCCAUUGACCCUGCAGGCAAUGCUGCUGCCAAAGCGGAUGGUCUCAUGAAGCUUGGCAGGAUGCUGGAGAGGCACCAGGGCUGCCCGAAGGCAGGGGAAAUUAGCAGAUCCAGCGUCCGGACUGCGACAAGGUUUGACCCAGAGUUGACGGGGCCCUGGGUCAAAAAGAAGCGUGCAGCUGUGGUGGCAACUGUAGCUGCAGCUGCAACCGGUCUCGCUGCAAGCUGGUGGUCCACUCCCACGACGUUGGCCAUGGCUGGCCAGAGUACACCACCGCUGCAGGAACGAAUCUUCAUGGUGACCGGUGCUACCGAUGGUAUCGGUAAGUUCACAGCGGAACAGCUGGCGAAGCUGGGUUCCACAGUCAUAGUACAUGGCCGAAAUCCUCGCAAGAUCGAGGCCACCAUCGCCGAAUUACAGCGCCUUGCGCCCACCGCCACGCUGCACGGAGUCCAGGCGGACCUCAGCCUCAUGUCGGAAGUGCGGCGGUUGGGCGAGGAGGUGUCUGAAAAGUUUCCCCGCAUCCAUGGCUUGCUGAACAACGCUGGCACAUUUGACGGAGACUACACCGGAAAGCGAGUAGAGACGGCAGAGGGCAAUGAAUAUUCUCUCGCAGUCAACGUCAUGGCGCCUUUUUUGCUCACAUCGCUUCUUAUGGAGACAGUCAAGGCUACUGGCUCCGGCCGCAUCAUUGUGACUUCUUCCGUUUCAAAGGGCAGCGGGGAUGCCCUGAACGACCUGCAACUGAAGUCCGGCUGGUCCGGUCACAGGGCCUACUCCCUGAGCAAACUCUGUGAUGCCAUGAUGAUCGUUGAAAUGAACCGACGCUAUGGAGAUGCACCCAGGCUCUGCUUCCACACCAUGGACCCUGGCACGGUGGACACAAAGAUGCUACGUGCCGGAUGGUGGUCUGGCGGCAGCUCCGUUCGGACGGCCACGAAGUCUUUUCGCAUGCUCACAGAGGAUUCUUACCAAGAAAGAUCCGGGCAGAGCCUUGGAGGGAGUGAAAUCUCCGAUGAUGGGAAGCGGUCCAAGCUCUGGGAGGAUUUGGUAUCCCUCACGGGCGCUGACUGGCCAGCAGUGAAGUAG